AUGACGGUCGACGACAACACGAUCAAAGCCCACAUCGAGGGCUUGGUGGCCAAGAGCCUACCCCGCUCUCCCAUUUACAACUUUCUCCUGUCCGAUGUCCGGAUCCACGCCGCGACGCAGGGCAACGUCAAGGCGCGGCUGCGGCUGACCAAGAACCACAUCAACUCGGGCGGCGGCAUCCACGGCAGCGUGUCGGCCACCAUUGUCGACUGGGCCGGCGGCAUGGCCAUUGCCACCUGGGACCUGCGGGACAAGACGGGCGUCUCGGUCGACAUUCACGUGCGCUACCUCUCGUCGGCCGGCGAGGGCGACGAGAUUGAGAUUGAAGGCACCGCCGAAAAGGUGGGCGGCUCCGUGGCCUUUACCAAGGUCGUCAUCUCCAAGCUAGUAGACGGCGAGCCUAGUCCUAUUAUCGCCAGCGGCACCCACACCAAGUAUGUCAAGGUGCGGCAAUCAUAG